AUGGUUGCACCCAGGCCAUCGCGCGACGGCGUAGAGUCCGUGGCUUUCCACAGGGCAUCGUCCGUGCAUGCUGAUGGUCUGGCCGCGUCUCGUAGACUACCAUGUGCGGCAGCAAGCUCAGCUCACGCCGGCAAAGGCGAAGAUAGCGAUGACGAGCCCUCGCCUGCAGGUGGUGCAGGCCUCUGGGACCCGUCUCAAGAGUUUCUCAACCUCGAAGACGGGACCGGCAACUUUGGGGAGAAAACCAUGGACAACGCAGUGGCGAUGUUGAUGGCGAAGACCGGACGCGGCUUCAGCCUAAAGAGAGAGAACAAAACGAAGGUGACGUUGCAAGUUUCCAUGAGUUGGUGUGUGGGAAAAUUGCCUGUUGGCUCGGCUUUUCGUCUCGUCCACCGUAAUCGCCGUAUGAUUAGCGACAUGUGCGCACGCCCUCUCAUGUUGGACAUCCGACGGCUGCUUACAUCUGAAUGUGCUGUCCCCCCCCCCCUCCCACCUUUCACGAAUAAGCAGAAGAAGACCUCCCCCAUGCGAAACAGAUGGAGCUCCGUAUAG